UUUGUAAAGACAGCCCUUUGGCGCUUUCUGUCUCUCUUUCUCUCUCUCUCUUUCUCCCUCACUUUUUCACUCUCUCGAGCAGGCCUUCGAUCUUCACCUUUGGUAAAGAAGAGACUAUAUGUGUGUAUAUAGCUCAGGCCAGUGUGAUUGGCACUCUGUCGCAGUCGAUUUCGGGCGAGCAUGGGUAAUGCACGUGUUCUUUCUGCGAUCACGCGAACAACCCCAUACAACAAGAACCAUCGCCGCAGCAACAGCGCCCCUCUAACUAAUUGUGCCACCACCACCACCACAACCAUUAUCAACAACACCAAUACAAACAAAAGUAACAAUUUUCUGAUAUCUCAAACUUCUGCCACAAAAAUUAUCAACAGCUGUAAUCGUCGCAAUAUUAAAGUGUCCAGCUGUGCGGGACGUGUCAUCAUAAAUAAUAAAAAUAAUAAUAAUAAUACUAAUAAUUGGCUUCAUCGGCACAAGAAUAAUAAUAAUAAUAAUAAAAAAAAUCGUCAUUAUAAUAUCAAUGACGAGGAGGAUAUUAUUAACAGCAACAACAACAUCACAUAUCCAUCAAUAACGAUGGGCCUGAAACGGCCGUUUCGGCUAAUCGGUCUUUUUAUCAUUCUUGCGACACUUUGUGAUCGCGUCAAGGCCGAGGUUUUUACCAAUACAUUUUUGGUGAAAAUGCGCGAACCGGCCGAACGACAUGUAGCCGAUUUUGUUGCUGCCCGAAAUGGUUUCGUUAAUUUGGGACCGCUUUUGGGGAGCCAAACGGAAUAUCAUUUCGUUCAUAGGGCCCUACCACACGCUAGAAGCAAAAGGUCCGUCCCACAUAUGAGAAAGUUAAAAGUGGAUCCUUUGAUUCACACAGCUAUUCAACAACAGGGAUUCAAAAGAGUAAAACGUGGCUAUAAACCAUUCAGUGUUGAUAAAUUAGUACCAUUGUAUCCAUUAAGAGAUCCUUCAAAUCCCGCAAGUCGAGAUCCAACGGAUCCAUAUUUUCAAUAUCAAUGGUACUUGAAAAAUACGGGACAAAAUGGCGGGAAACCAAAACUUGACUUAAAUGUUGAAUCUGCGUGGGCGCAAGGUGUGACGGGAAAAAAUGUUACGACUGCUAUUAUGGACGAUGGUGUUGAUUAUAUGCAUCCUGAUUUAAAAUUUAAUUAUAAUGCACCGGCUUCCUAUGACUUCAGUAGUAAUGACCCUUAUCCUUAUCCAAGGUACACGGAUGAUUGGUUCAACAGUCACGGAACAAGAUGCGCGGGUGAAGUGGCAGCCGCAAGGGAUAAUGGAGUUUGUGGUGUUGGCGUGGCAUAUGAUUCAAAAAUCGCUGGCAUCAGAAUGUUGGAUCAGCCAUAUAUGACUGAUUUAAUUGAAGCUAAUAGCAUGGGACAUGAGCCAAAUUUAAUUGAUAUUUAUAGUGCAUCAUGGGGUCCAACUGACGAUGGAAAAACAGUUGAUGGGCCAAGAAAUGCAACAAUGAGAGCAAUUGUGCGCGGUGUAAACGAGGGGAGAAAUGGUUUGGGAAAUAUUUAUGUGUGGGCUUCUGGAGAUGGUGGCGAGGAAGAUGACUGUAAUUGUGAUGGUUACGCUGCCAGCAUGUGGACCAUUAGCAUAAAUAGUGCAAUCAACGAUGGUCAAAAUGCCCAUUAUGAUGAAAGCUGUUCAAGUACAUUGGCCUCAACUUUUAGUAAUGGAGCUAAAGAUCCCAAUACUGGAGUGGCGACAACUGAUCUUUAUGGUAAAUGUACUACAACACACAGUGGAACAUCUGCAGCAGCUCCGGAAGCUGCAGGUGUUUUUGCUCUUGCCCUUGAAGCCAAUCCACAAUUGACAUGGAGGGAUAUUCAACACUUGACAGUAUUAACAUCAAAAAGGAAUUCUCUAUUCGAUGCCAAGGGAAGAUUCGAUUGGACAAUGAAUGGCGUUGGACUGGAAUUUAAUCAUCUUUUUGGUUAUGGUGUUUUAGACGCAGGUGCCAUGGUGGCUUUGGCAAAAAAAUGGAAAACAGUUCCGCCAAGAUAUCAUUGUGAGGCUGGUGUCGUUGCAACUCCCAUGGAAAUUCCAAGUGAAGGCUCGAUUUAUUUGAAUAUAAAAACGGACGCUUGUGCGGGCACAGAUUUUGCCGUUAAUUAUUUAGAACAUGUACAAGCAGUUAUUUCUGUAAAUGCCAGUCGUCGUGGUGAUGUGGAAUUAUUUUUGACUUCUCCAAUGGGCACAAGAUCCAUGAUUUUGAGCAGGAGAGUAAACGAUGAUGAUCACAGGGAUGGAUUUACAAAGUGGCCAUUUAUGACAACUCACACCUGGGGAGAAUAUCCUCAAGGGAAAUGGUUGCUCGAGGUAAGAUUUGAUUCACCUACAGUUCAGGAAGGUUGGUUUAAAGAAUGGACCCUUAUGUUGCACGGAACAAGAGAUCCACCAUACACUGGAUUGGCAGCGGCUGAUCCUCACUCAAAAUUAGCAAUAGUGAAAAAAGCCCAUGAAGAACGAUUGAAUGAAGAUUAAUGUCUCCUCUGACACAUAAAAAAAAAACAGAAA